GACAGGAUGACACACGGUUGAAGUUUAGAUUCAGUUAAAACUUUACCUCAAAGAUAACUUGCUUAUGAAAAGGUAUGUCAAACAUUAUAAUCAAAAGAAUAACACUUAACUUACAGGUCAAUGAAUAAACCAAUGUAUUUGAUUUAUUCUUCUAAAUAACUCCAAUGUGAGAGCAUUCUUAAUUUGAUAAUCCUUUAUAUAUAUAUAUUUAGCUGAAUAUAUGUAUAGUUGCAAACGGGAUGGUACUCUGCGUCCAGCUAAUUACUACUGUGAACAUAGAAAUAUCAUAUAAUAUCUUAAUAUAUGCAAGUAUUUUUUUUGACUGAAUAAUAUAUGCAAAUAUUGCGAUAAUGAACUUUGUGAAGUUAGAUUCCUGAAUAAAAAUAGACGUAAAAGUCGAACCCUUCAAUUAAUUUCAUAAAGUCUUUCCACAAGAGGAUUUGAGUCAAAACAUAAGAGUUGUCGGUUGGACAAAAUCCUAAACGCAGAAUCUUUCAGACAUUUAGUCAAAUCGAACGAAAGGGUGAAGCUGUAAAUUAAAGUAAUGUCAUUGAUCCCAUUGGCCACUUAAGCCCAUUAAGCUAUCUUUUUAAGUUUAACUAAAAGCUUGUAUUUGUAAUCUUCUGACACUGGUCAGUGGGAAUAGAAACUGUGAUCUGGAAUGGAAUAGAAACUGUGAAGAUUUUUUUUUAAAAUUCGUAGUUUAGUCUUAAUUAGAAACCUGAAGGCAGUUGAUUAGUAGUAAUAUUUUUAUGAGUACGAUUGAAUUUAAUUUCGAAUCUUUUUGUAGUGGCAGCUGGCCUCGAUCGGCCCUUGUUUCCUUUUAUUAAUUAAAAGACUUCAAACCGAAGCGACAAUAUUAAAGCGGUUCUUAAUUGGUCUUUAAUAAUUUCUCAUCUUCAUUCAUAACUAGUAGUCCAGUACUGAUAAAUUACAUACAUUCAAACACACACAAGUUUAAAUACGGGCUGACGAAAAUUUCAUGAACUUCAUGACGUCGUGGUCCAUGUGUGUCUACGUUACAUGUACGCGUGUGUAUAUGCGUACAUGAGAUGCUGAUUAUUCUUGAAGUAAUGACAAUGGUUCAUUUGUACGUAUAGAUAUAUACGUUUGUACGUAAUAAUAUUGUAAGAAAUACAGAUUGUAUACUUUUUUAAUUUAUUUUUCUUGCGCUUGCUCGUGUUUAUAACCUUUUCCCUCAGCUCCUUUUUUAAAAUAUUGUCUUGAAGUAAAACCAAAGAAGUAUUCAAACAAACUUUCUUGGGAGAUUAAUUCAAAAAGAAAAAAUGGAAUUAAAAAACUCAGCUGAAAUGGCGGCUGAUCCUUCGGGUUCAGACCCCUCGCAAGGAAGCAUAAAUUGAUUUCAACUUUAGCUAAACCACUUCACUUCCACUUCUCUACCAGAGUCAAUAUUUUUCCAGUUAGGGUUUCUUUCUUUAACUCCUUUAGUUUAUAGGGUUUUAAGGAAAAAUGGAAGAGAGAAACAACGAUGGUGAUCAUAAAAUGGAGGAAGUAUUGUUGCCCGGGUUUAGGUUUCAUCCAACCGACGAAGAGCUUGUAAGCUUCUACCUGAAGCGGAAGAUUCAACACAAUCCUCUCUCCAUUGAACUCAUACGACAACUCGAUAUCUACAAAUACGACCCCUGGGAUCUUCCAAAGUUUGCGACGGGUGAAAAGGAAUGGUACUUUUAUUGUCCGAGGGACAGGAAGUAUAGGAACAGUUCGAGGCCGAACCGAGUGACUGGAGCCGGUUUCUGGAAAGCCACGGGAACGGACAGGCCUAUAUACUCGUCGGAAGGAAACAAAUGCAUAGGUUUAAAGAAGUCACUAGUGUUCUACAAAGGAAGAGCUGCAAAAGGAGUUAAGACUGAUUGGAUGAUGCAUGAGUUUCGUAUGCCUUCGCUCUCGGAGCCAUCUCCUUCUUCUAAGAGGUUCUUUGAUUCGCCUGUCUCUCCAAACGAUUCGUGGGCUAUAUGCAGAAUCUUCAAAAAGACAAACACAACGACCCUAAGAGCUAUGCCUCACUCAUUUGUUUCCUCGUUGCCAUCAGAGACAAGCAUAGACACAAUGUCGUUAUCAAACACAUCACACUUUUCUUCGGAGAAGAUCCUCAAAACUAGCUCUCACUUCCAGGUUCAUCAUGAGAAUAUGAGCAGUACUACCAAACCUAGUAGUAGUCCAACUUCUCAUGUGGCCACUAUAAAUCCAUUCUCUUACUUGGAUUUCACUUCCUACGAGAAAACCACCAACGUUUUCAAUCCGGUUUCAUCUUUAGACCAGCAAUACCUCACUAAUCUCUUUCUUGCCACACAAGAAACACAACCUCAGUUUCCAAGGCUCGCCUCAUCUAAUGAAUUCCCCUCAUUUCUCCUAAACACGUCAUCGUCAGAUUCUGCCUUCUUAGGAGAAUGCACAAGCCAAAUCGACCUAAGCGUUAUGUUGGCUCAAGAGCAGUGUCCAGCGCUUGUAAGCCUACCACAAGAGUAUCAAGAGAAAGGAAAUGGGGAAAUAAAGAGCAUGGGUGGUUGCAAUGAAGAUCAUCAUAAUCACUGUGGCACACUAAUGUUUGGUGAUACUGGUCCAACCGUUGAAGAGAACCAUCGUCAUCAUUAUCAAGACAUAAAACAUAACAUGACAUUGUUGGAGAGUUAUUAUUCCUCUUUGUCGUCAAGUAAUGGCGAUUUGCCAGUUUGUUUCUCCACAACUUGAUUGAUGUGGGUAAAUUUCCUGUUUUUGCCUUGUGGCCUUCUUGCCUUGGCUUUCCCUUUGUAGGUUUUCUCUUUGACUAGCUGAUGCAAUGAAAUUAAACCAUUAUUAAUUAUGCUUCGUUGAGUGUUUUAUUUCACACAAUUUAGUGUAAGAUUGACUCGAGUGGAGGAUAUAAACAAAAAAAUUAAAUUAAACGAAAGAAAACCUUUAACAGAUUUACGAAGCCCAAAAACAAAUCUUUUCUAGAGCUGAGAAGUAAGAAUGACCACAAUAAAAUACAGAAUUGUUACUGAAAUAUUGCAACAAAAUUGGAAUUCAAAAUGACACUAAGUGUAUACAAAAAUGGUUCGGCAAUUCAGAAGAAACGUUGGGGCGUAAUUUUCAUGAACUAUUUACUUUUGGUAAUAUAUUCAAAUUUUAUCAAAAAAAAUAAUUUUUCAUGAACUGCUGAACGAAUGGCCGUCCAUGAACUU